ACACACACACACACACACACACUCUCACACUCUCACCUGAAAAAAAAAAAAAAAAAAAAGCUAUGAACCCUAACUACCUCUCCAUCCGUCGCUCUCAGAAAUAAAGAAAAAACCACCAUAACAGUCCAACUCAACUUUCUUAUUCUCAACCGUCCAAUGCCGGCCGUUAGAUCUCCGAUCCGGCAAAUACAUUUCACUAUCUGAUUAAAGCAAGCUCUACAUUCUCUUUACUUUUUUAUUUUUUUACUUCUCUUUUAUUCAGCUCCAUGUGAAUCUAGCUUUACCUUCUACUUGAGGUUUCUUUGGAUCUCUGAUCUUGUUUGGUUUCUAUACUUGGCUCUACUUCUCUUUACGAUUGUGAUCAAAUACUGUGGAUACUGUGGACUACUGAAGUUUGAGUUUGACAAUCUGAAAAAAUGAGGGCCGCGGAGUUUGGAAUUUCAGCUUUGUUAGUGCUCGCCCUGUUAGCUUUUUCAAAAGCAGAGAUUUACAUUGCGACCAUUGAAGGAGAGCCUAUAAUAAGUUACAAAGGUGACAUUGAUGGAUUUGAAGCCACUGCUGUCGAAUCUGGCGAAAAGAUUGAUGCCACCAGUGAUUUGGUCACAUCCUAUGCCCGUCACCUAGAGAACAAACAUGACAUGCUUCUAGGAAUGCUGUUUGAUCGGGGAACCUAUGAGAAACUCUACAGCUAUCGUCAUCUUAUAAAUGGCUUUGCAGUUCACAUUUCUCCUGAACAGGCAGAGAUCUUGAGACGUGCUCCGGGUGUGAAAUCUGUGGAGAGAGACUGGAAGGUCCGGAAACUUACAACCCACACCCCACAGUUUUUGGGACUCCCAACUGGAGUAUGGCCGACAGGAGGUGGCUUUGAUAGGGCUGGAGAGGACAUUGUGAUUGGGUUUGUUGACUCAGGAAUUUACCCACACCAUCCAAGCUUUGCAACCCACGGUACUGAACCAUAUGGACCUGUUCCUAAGUACAGAGGAAAAUGUGAAAUUGAUCCAGACACUAAGAGGGACUUCUGUAAUGGGAAAAUAAUUGGAGCCCAGCAUUUUGCCAAGGCUGCAAUAGCGGCUAAGGCCUUUAAUCCUGCUGUUGAUUUUGCAUCUCCUUUGGAUGGUGAUGGACAUGGAAGUCACACAGCAGCUAUUGCAGCUGGUAAUAAUGGAAUUCCUGUCAGAAUGCAUGGUCAUGAAUUUGGGAAAGCAAGUGGGAUGGCUCCGCGUGCCAGGAUUGCGGUGUAUAAAGCUCUCUACAGAUUGUUUGGAGGGUUUAUUGCAGAUGUAGUAGCAGCAAUUGAUCAGGCUGUAUAUGAUGGUGUGGACAUACUCAGCCUUUCGGUGGGACCGAACAGCCCUCCAGCUACUACCAAGACUACUUAUUUGAAUCCUUUUGAUGCUACUCUUCUUUCAGCUGUGAAAGCAGGUAUAUUUGUUGCUCAGGCAGCAGGGAAUGGAGGUCCUUUUCAGAAAACUUUGGUUUCUUAUAGUCCUUGGAUAGCAUCUGUGGCUGCUGCAGUUGAUGAUCGCAGAUACAAAAAUCAUCUAACGCUUGGAAAUGGAAAAAUCCUACCUGGGCUUGGGUUAUCUCCCUCUACACAUGGAAAUCGAUCCUACACAAUGGUUGCUGCAAAUGAUGUAUUGCUAGAUUCAUCAGUAAUGAAGUAUAGCCCCUCAGACUGCCAGAAGCCAGAAGUUCUGAACAAGAACUUGGUAGAGGGGAACAUUCUUCUUUGCGGCUAUUCCUUCAAUUUUGUUGUUGGUACUGCAUCAAUAAAGAAGGUCUCAGAAACAGCAAAGAGUCUGGGUGCAAUUGGCUUUGUUCUUGUCGUGGAAAAUGUUUCUCCUGGAACAAAGUUUGAUCCUGUGCCUGUGGGCAUUCCUGGGAUCCUUAUCACAGAUGUCAGCAAGUCAAUGGAUCUUAUAGACUACUAUAACAUCACUACAACAAGAGACUGGACUGGACGAGUCAAAAGCUUCAAAAGUAUAGGCAGCAUUGGAGAUGGUUUGAUGCCUAUACUCCACAAAUCAGCACCGCAGGUGGCAUUGUUCUCUGCUCGAGGGCCCAACAUUAAAGAUUUCAGCUUCCAAGAUGCUGAUCUUCUCAAACCCGAUAUCCUAGCUCCUGGUUCUUUGAUUUGGGCUGCUUGGUCACCAAAUGGAACAGACGAGCCUAAUUAUGUUGGAGAAGGAUUUGCCAUGAUAUCUGGAACUAGCAUGGCUGCACCACAUAUAGCAGGAAUUGCUGCUCUCAUAAAGCAGAAGCACCCUCACUGGAGCCCAGCUGCAAUCAAAUCAGCAUUGAUGACAACGUCAACCACGGAGGACAGAGCAGGAAGACCUAUUCAAGCACAACAAUAUUCUGAAACUGAAGCCAUGAAGUUGGUCACUGCAACACCUUUUGAUUAUGGGAGUGGCCAUGUUAAUCCAAGAGCUGCUUUAGAUCCUGGACUCAUCUUUGAUGCAGGUUAUGGAGAUUACUUGGGGUUCUUGUGCACAACACCUGGUAUUGAUAUUCAUGAGAUAAGGAACUACACCAACUCACCCUGCAAUCUCACCAUUGGCCAUCCAUGGAAUCUCAACACCCCAUCAAUCACCGUUGCUCAUCUAGUCCGAACUCAAACUAUUACUCGAACAGUUACAAAUGUUGCCGAAGAAGAAACCUAUGUAAUCACAACCAGAAUGGCUCCAGCCAUUGCCAUUGAAGCCAACCCUCCAGCAAUGACACUGAAACCUGGUGCAUCAAGGAAAUUCUCAAUUACACUUACAGUUCGAUCUGUGACUGGAACCUACAGUUUUGGCGAGGUGCUGAUGAAAGGUAGUAGACACCACAAGGUGAGAAUCCCAGUUGUAGCUAUGGGAUACGAACGAUAAUUUGGGUUGCUUAAUUAAAAAAAGAAAAUACUAAGGGUUUUUAUGGUUGUAAUAUUCUUUGUAAUCUGUGGGAAUAAGAUAUGAGGUUAGGUGUAUUUUGUCUGAAAUAUAUUAAGUUGUAAAGAUGGCUUGUAUAAUGGGUUCAUCCACUUAUAAGUUUUGCUAAUUUGUUAGUAAUUUGGUAUAAUCAUUCAUAAUGAAGUUCUUCUCUGCCUUGCAA